AUGGCCAUUUUUGCAAAAAUCAAGAUCUUAAGUAGCGGAGCAGAUGUGAACCUCCCUCUGGAGCAAAUCCCAAAGUCGAGCACGUUCUUCAACGCCAAGGCUGCCGCCUGGUGUAAUCUUGGCACCACUCCCCUGCACGUAGCUGGAUUUAACGGUCAUUCCCACAUCGUCCAACUCUUGCUCAACAACAGUGCCAAAGUAAACCAGUCAGACGCUGAAGAACGAAUUCCACUGCACCUAGCUGCAUAUAACGGAGACACAGACACUUCAAGCCUAUUGGUCAAAAACGGGAGCGAGGUUAAUACAAAAGAUAAGGCGAAACGACUUCCGCUCCAUUACUCUGCAUACAAGGGCAACAGAGAUGUCACAAAGGCGUUACUGGAGUCCGGGUCCAAUGUCAACCUGAAAGACCAAGAUGGCUGCUCAUCCCUCGUCAUGGCAACCAAAGGUCAGCAUCCUGAGGUGAUGGAGGUCCUGAUGCAACAUGGCGCAGCUAUUACGAUGGCGGAUUAUGUUGGUUGGACUUCCUUGCAUUGGGCAGCCUUCCAUGGCAACAUUAGCGCAAUGAAACUCCUCACAGCUCACAAGGUAACCUUGAACAACCGAGACCACGACGGUCGAUCACCACUAAUUUUAGCUGCAAGAAAUCACCACCAGGGGGCAGUAGAGCUGCUGGUUGGUGCUGGGGCGGAUAUCCAGUGUCGCGAUCACCAUGGAAACACUGCCUUAAUGAUGGCCAGUCAACAGAAGGGUUUGGAAAUGGCGCAGUGCUUGGUGGCAGCAGGUGUCAAUAUGGCCAUCUGCAACAACCAGGGAGAUAAUUGCCUUCAUUUGGCAAUUCAGGGUGCCAACGAGGCAAUGGUCCAGUUGUUUCUAAGUCAAAAUCCCGAUAUUGUCAAUAUCUGUGAUGGCAAAGGACAGUGUCCUCUACAUUUGGUGGCAGCAGAGGGAUUAGAAAAACUUAUGGUUUUGCUACUAAGUCACGGAGCUGAAAUCAACAAGGGAGAUUGCAAUGGGGAUGGGCCCUUAAGCUUAGCGGUUCGUGGGGGUCAUCUCAAUGUCACCAAAAUUCUAGUCAGUGAAGGGGCUGAUGUUAAUCAGGCCAACGGAAGUGGACAGUGUCCACUACACCUAGCUGCUCAAAGUGGGAACUUGGAGAUGGUCCAGUUUCUACUGGACUCAGGAGCCUUGCCCAGUAUUAAGGACGGUAGUCUUCGCUUGCCAGUAGAUUGCGCAGUCACGGAGGAUGUUCAGAUGUAUCUGAGGGAUGUCAUGGAGAGAAUGGAGAAAUCAAAAGUGGAGAAAAAAGAUAAGAAGAAAAGGCACCGAAGGCACAAAAGGCACAAAGAUAAGGAAAAGGAUUAUUUGCAGAGAGUUUUCAAGGAUCAUAGUUUUCGAAUUAUUUUCAGGGAUGCUAGUGGGAUCUUAAGUAGCGGAGCAGAUGUGAACCUCCCUCUGGAGCAAAUCCCAAAGUCGAGCACGUUCUUCAACGCCAAGGCUGCCGCCUGGUGUAAUCUUGGCACCACUCCCCUGCACGUAGCUGGAUUUAACGGCCAUUCCCACAUCGUCCAACUCUUGCUCAACAACAGUGCCAAAGUAAACCAGUCAGACGCUGAAGAACGAAUUCCACUGCACCUAGCUGCAUAUAAUGGAGACGCAGACACUUCAAGCCUAUUGGUCAAAAGCGGAAGCGAGGUUAAUACAAAAGAUAAGGCGAAACGACUUCCACUCCAUUACUCUGCAUACAAGGGCAACAGAGAUGUCACAAAGGCGUUACUGGAGUCCGGGUCCAAUGUCAACCUGAAAGACCAAGAUGGCUGCUCAUCCCUCGUCAUGGCAACCAAAGGUCAGCAUCCUGAGGUGAUGGAGGUCCUGAUGCAACAUGGCGCAGCUAUUACAAUGGCGGAUUAUGUUGGUUGGACUUCCUUGCACUGGGCUGCAUUCUAUGGCAACAUUAGUGCAAUGAAACUCCUCACAGCUCAUAAGGUAACCUUGAACAACCGAGACCACGACGGGCGAUCACCACUAAUUUUAGCAGCAAGAAAUCACCACCAGGAGGCAGUAGAGGUGCUGGUUAGUGCUGGGGCGGAUAUCCAGUGUCGCGAUCACCACGGUAACACUGCCUUAAUGAUGGCCAGUCAACAGAAGAGUUUGGAAAUGGCGCAGUGCUUGGUCGCAGCAGGUGCCAAUAUGGCCAUCUGCAACAACCAGGGAGAUAAUUGCCUUCAUUUGGCAAUUCAGGGAGCCAACGAGGCGAUGGUCCAGUUGUUUCUAAGUCAAAACCCCGAUAUUGUCAAUAUCUGCGAUGGCAAGGGACAGAGUCCUCUACAUUUGGUGGCAGCAGAGGGAUUAGAAAACCUACUGGUUUUGCUACUAAGUCACGGAGCUGUAAUCAACAAGGGAGAUUGCAAUGGGGAUGGUCCCUUAAGCUUAGCGGUUCGUGGGGGUCAUCUCAACGUCACCAAAAUUCUAGUCAGUGAAGGGGCUGAUGUUAAUCAGGCUAACGGAAGUGGACAAUGUCCACUACACCUAGCUGCUCAAAGCGGGAACUUAGAGAUGGUCCAGUUUUUGCUGGACUUGGGAGCCUUGCCCAGUGUGAAGGACGGUAAUCUUCGCUUGCCAGUAGAUUGUGCAGUCACUGAAGAUGUUCAGAUAUUUCUAAGGGAAGUCAUGGAAAGGAUGGAGAAAUUAAAAGUGGAGAAAAAAGAUAAGAAGAAAAAGCAUCGAAGGCAUAAAAGACACAAAGAUAAGGAAAAGGAGCAAGGGAAAAGAGAUCUGCCUAUCAACAAACACACAUAAAGUUAUAGACUGCACCCUGUGUUAGAGAAAUGAUUUACGAUUUACUUUUUUUUUUAAGGAUCAUACUUACACCAGAGAGAAUAAAAAAUGUGUUUCACCAAAAUCAGGGUUGAACAUUAAGAUCUGAAUGCUCAAUUAGCAAACAAUGUUUUGUAGCAAAAAAAGAUAAGUGUAAAAGAAUAAAUAAAUUGAAGAUAGAAGAUCUGAGGUUGUUGCAGCUACUCAUUUUGGCAGCGUAACUAAUUUUGUUG